GACAUUCAGACUCCACUGCUUCUCAAUUACGUACAAACAUGGCCGUUCGCCGUGAAGAAACGACGCAAACCUCUUCGCAGAAUAUUCUCUUUGUAUCGCGUUGAUGUAUAGGAUAGAACUCUAUAACAGUCUUGUGUCUACUGAAGCGGUUCCGCAAUGCUUUUCAGCCUCGUUGGGAUCAAGUCGAGCAUUGGAAUUCGCAGGACUAUGUCUUGGAUUUGGAGAUUCCUUGUUCUUUUAUCACUUGCUUUCACCGGAUUUGUGAAAUCAAAACGAUUGUACUGUGAAAGUUAUGGUAAUAAAGAUGCUGUGGUCAUAAAUGGUACAGAGGUGUGUCGAGAGGACCCUUACUUUUACUGUAUGGUGGUGUGGUCAACUCGCUUUUUAGAGGAUAACACAACGGUUGCCGAUGUUGUCAGCAAAGGUUGCUUUCGCAUAGUGUUUGAGCAAGAAGGUCAGAAACACCCAUGUAAUCACAACUGUGUGCAACAACAGCACUUUGAUUCUAUGGCCAAGAGCAAAAACAUCUCAGGAUUCUGUUGCUGUGACACUGAUUACUGUAAUAAGAAUUUUACAAUUGUGGAAUAUAAAGAAAAAGUUGUGCCAACUAGAACAACAGGUGGAAAAGUGCAUCUCACUUCGAACAUCAACAUCAUAGUUGGUAUAGUGCUGGCGACACUUUUGCUUAUAACCAUCCUUGUCCUAUUCUUUUGGCACUACAAUAAUCGUAAAAAGCAUAAAUAUUCCAGACCUGACAAAAGCCUGGAGAAAGAGCCACAAGGACCUUCCCUGGACUUGAGCCAGCUAACAUUAGGCCAGUUAAUAGGCCAGGGGCGGUAUGGAACUGUUUGGAAAGGUACCAUGUUCAAUGAGGUGAUGGCUGUCAAAGUGUUUGGUGCUGAACACAGACUGUUUUGGCAAGCAGAGAAGGAUCUGUUCUCGGCACUGGAUCAUCAUCCUAGCAUAUUAAGGUUUUUUGCAGCUUGUGAGAGAGAAACAAAUUCCUCGCCAGAGUACUUGUUGCUAUCAGAAUACCACCCGCGAGGUUCCCUUCAAAACUAUCUAAGACAACACUCAGUGUGCUGGAGGGAGAUGUGCAUAAUGGGCUCCUCUAUGUCAGCAGGACUGGCCUUCUUGCACCAAGAUGCAAAUAAGCCUUCAUUUGCACAUCGUGACAUCAACAGCAAAAAUAUCCUGGUGAAAGUGGACGGGUCAUGUGUCUUGGCCGAUUUUGGAUUUGCUAUGAAUGUUUCUGAUGCCACAAAGCCUGCUGAUGAUGGUACUUUGAUCACAGAGGUGGGAACACUGCGUUACAUGGCUCCAGAGGUACUGGAUGGUGCAGUGAACUUGCAUGAUAUACAAGGUGCCCUGAAGCAGAUUGAUGUCUAUGCAAUGUCACUGGUCAUAUGGGAAGUCUCGAUGCGCUGUGAGGACAUCUUUGGAAGAGAACAGGUUCCUCCCUACAAGGCACCGUUUGAGGCGGAGUUGGGUCCAAUGAUCACCUCAGAGCACAUGCACACCUAUGUUGUUCAGAAGAAACUCCGACCUGGAUUUCCAGAUGCUUGGAAACGCAACCAUAGUGGCCUACGUUUCCUAAAAGAGACUAUUGAAGACUGCUGGGACCAGGAUGGAGAUGCCCGUCUUCUUGCUCUGUGCAUCAAGGAUCGCAUGUCAGACUUACUAACUCACUACCCAAAUGGGAUGAAUGAUAGCUUGCAAUCCUCUGCUGGUACAGUCCAAGAAUUCCAAGAGAAUCUGAAGCCAGAGGCACAACCAGAAGUCAGCAAGAACCGAAUGGUUGUUAAGAUAGAUGAAAACCAGGAUCCAGGAACUGUUGUUUAAGGUGUUUUUACAAAGAGGUUAAUAUUUUUCAGACCAAGAGAUUUUUAUGAUUUGAAAAAUCUAAAUAAUAACAUUCUCAAAAUAUUGCGUUAAUCAACAACUAAAACAAUAUCUCGAUAUAUUGAAAACCAAGCAAAAGCAUGCUGUCCCAUUUUUACAGUGCACCAGAAGUUACAGUACUGAUCAAAUGAACUCUUAAACCCAGGUGCUGAUGGAUCAAUUUAUUUAUACACCUAUUUCACAAAAGGUUGUCAGUGCAAAUGGCUAAUGAUAAAUGGCUUAUGGGUACUAAUUAUUCGUAAAAUUAAAGGUGUUAAUAAAAGUCCAGCAAUGUCAGAGCCAAGCAUUGGUAACCUUUGAUGGAUAAUUGGUUUGAUUUAUCCAUACCCUUGGAGAAACAUGGUCACUUUUGGUCGCAGAACUGCCAUUUGCCAUUUGCACUGACAACCUUUAUUGAAAUAGGUGUAUGUAUUGUGGUAGUUUGGCGGUUCCGUCAUUUUUGUUAAAGACAACAGUCUGGUUUUGCAUAUUUCAGUCAAACUCAAAUAAUUUAUUCACUUUUAUUAGGGAUCUAAGAUGUAUAGUUUUUAAUUAUUACCAAAAAAUAGUGUGCACAAAAUGUAUUUAGAAUGACAUGUUGGUGAGUGUGGAUCAUGUUAUCUUUUUACACAUUUGUCUGAAAUGUAUUUGUCCAGGUACAAUACACAUUCUUGUAUUUGUCCAGGAACAAUACGCAUUCUUGUAUUUGUCCAGGAACAAUGCGCAUUCUUGUAUUUGUCCAGGUAUAAUACGCAUUCUUGUAUUUGUCCAGGAACAAUACGCAUUCUUGUGGCAAGACCCCAAGUGCUACUAAACCCCACAUUUAUUUAAACUAAGUCUGAAAACACUCCCCAACAAUGGCCUUGCGGAUGGAUAAACAGCAUUUUUGUUAUCUACGCCUACAUUUAGAUGCUGCUGCUUCAUAGACAUGAGAUUAUGUAAAUAAUACAUUUGAUAUUUCAUUUAAAAGAAUAUAUGUAAGAGUAUCACGGUGGGGGGGACUCCAACAAAAGCAGACCGGGAUGAUCGUCGGUUUUCACCCUGAGUGAUAGCACAACAAUGAUCAACAGCAAUUCUGCAAUUUUAUUCGAAGUAAAUUUUUAAACCUAAGAGAUACAACUAAAAGCGAACGGGGUGCGAAUGGGGGGGUGUGAAAUGUACUUUGUGAUUGACAUGAUCUCUAGCUGAAUGCUUAUCGGAACAUGGAAUCCUCUUAGCUAUGAAGUUCGAGUCAUUAAACUGUAAUGCUUAUAGGCUUACUUUCUUAAAACACUUUGUAUUAGUGGCCACAGUAAUAGGAUGCCGUGCUAUAAAAUGUACAUAGAUUACUAUGUGUAACAAAAAAUAUUAUUACUCUAGAUGUGGUUGUAAUAAAUUGGGUCUUUUCCAGUUCACCAAACCUCAGUAGUAAGCAAAGGACAUCUUUUACUUUUAAGAUAUGUCUUAAUAAUUUCGAUUUUACCACUCUACUUAUCUAGACAACUGCGGGAAUUUGACCCAAGUGCAUAGUGUGACGGGUCAGGCUGCAUAGAAAACUAGACAGCAUAUUGACAUCUUUGGUAGUUAAUACUUUUUGAUCAUUUGUUAACAGAGUAUAACUUUAUUUUUGAAAGUGUAUAGAAAUGUCUAGGAUCUAAAAAAUCACCACCCAAAUCUAUAAUUAAAUACAAAAUACUGAAUAAA